AUGAAAGAGUGGGUGAAAAUCCAUAAGCCGUCUAUCAUUGAACUCAUGGAAACCAAAGCUAGAUUCAAUUCAACCGGAAUGGUUUUUAACAAGAUGAAUUUUACUGCCUCAAUUCACAUUGACCCCACAGGUAGAAGAAGAGGUAUUUGGGUGAUUUGGGACCCAGUUCAAGUUACGUUGAGGGCGUUUGAAGCUAAUGAUCAAGUCAUUCAUGCUAAAAUCAAGAGGGAGAGCUAUCUAGAGUGGAUUCUCUCUUCAGUUUAUGCAAGCCCUAAUCCUGUUAAUAGGGCCUUUUUAUGGGAUAAUCUAGAAGCCAUGGCUGAUAACAUGAUAGAGCCUUGGAUGAUAGCGGGAGAUUUUAAUGAUAUUGCUUCUAGUAUAGAAAAAAUGAGUGUUUCUACGAUUCAAAGCCAAACUAAUUCUCGCAAAUUUGUGGUAAGAAUGAAUAGGUGCAAUCUCAUGGACUUAGGGUGCUCAAGUCCUCAUCUCACUUGGUCUAAUGGGAGACAAGGCCUUGCCAAUACUCUGGAACAACAUGACCAGGCUGUUUGCAAUUCAGAAUGGAGGGUCAGUUAUCCUGAAGGUGCGGUGAAGAAUCUUCCCAGAACAUAUUCAGAUCACUGUCUUAUGGUUAUCUAUACUCAAUGGACACCAUCGUUCGUGGGUGGUCCUUUUUACCACGACGUUCCUGCCUUCUUCAGAGGAAAGCUCUCUUCGACAAACCAGUGA